AAAGAAUGACAACAAGAUUGUCGACCAAAAAUACGAGAAGCGACAGUGAUAGUCGAGAUAGUGGAUUACUGGAUUACAUAAAAAUAAUAAUCAGAUGAAUUCUAAAUUUGCUUGAUUUCCAGAAAAUUAAGAAAUCUUCACUUUGUUCUCGACAGUUUUAAUGAGAAAAUCGCCGGAAGCAAUUUAACCUCAAAAUUGCAAUAACCAUGCAAAGUAUGCAAAAUAAAAAAUUUCUGUUCGACAGAGUCGGCUCAGUUUCGCGAAAUAAUGGGUUAGAUAAGGCUGAAAUUGAGUUCGAAUUUAAUAAUAAAGUGGAAAAAGCCUUACUGCGAAAAGACAAGUUUUAUCACAAAGGUAGACACAUUCCUGAAGGCAGACAUUUGAACGAGUACAUAACAGUUGGAUCCCAGGUCGUAUUUUCCUGUCACAUUUUGAACAGUCAAGAUAGCGAUCAGCCGUCCGUUUGGUACGUCAUGAUAUGUCAAAAAUACGAAAAGAGACCAGCAUACAUGAUGGAAGUAAAAACAGGUCUCGUGAACAUCACAGGAUCGAUCAAGGAAGUUCAAAAACGACAUGGUGUCAUUUCCACAGAUUAUUAUUCCGAGAGAGACUCAAAGAUAUACUUUUUGGCGAGUAAAUUUUAUUUGGACGGCAAGAGAUUACAAUCGUCCAGAGCUCUUACCGAUGUCUUGAAAAUAGAUGACAUCGUUUAUUUCGAUGCAAUUCCCUGUAUUCCCGAAGAAAGUCAUGUUCACAGUAAAUGGUUCGCCAUCCUAGUUUUCAAAGGAAAACGGCCAGACUCCCACAGAUUUGUCGACAACAAACAUUGGGAAGUGGAUGACAAAGGAAAAAAGAAUUUCUCACAUGAUGAUACCGACAGUUUUAUCAAGAAUAUGAAGAAAAAUGCUCAAUCGUUGAAGCCGUUUAUUUACGAAUGUAUAAGUCGUUACACAAACGACGCUAGAACUAUGUUUGCAUUUGGAACCGGAGUCAUAAUGGACAUUCCAAGUGAAGAAUUUGGAAUCAUACUGGGACAGUUUAAGCUUAAUCAUUUUGAGUCCGUGUUAUUCCACCGCAAAAAUACGUUUCUCUUCGGAGUUUGUUUAACAAACUCGGAUUUAACUCAGGUCUUUGUAGAAGGAGAUCGUGUGAAGUUUAUUGCCGUAGGCGCUCCUUCAGGCUUUGUAACAGAUUGGAUUGCAAUUCAGGUAUCGGUCCUAGCAAAUGCAUCUACAUCUCCCCUCGAUUAUCACGGACAUGCUCAAACUUUUACUUUAAGUCAAUUCUCUCCUUAUGAUUAGAUUUCGAUAAGAAGUAAGGCUGUAAAAUUCUCUUCAAUUUUACCAAAUUGCCUUUUUUUUUAUCGAAAAUCGAUCAAAAGCACUGUGAUUUCCAUUAGAUGUCAACCGUAAUGUGCCGUUUCAGUUAAUUGCCCUUGACAUCUGUUCAAACUUUCAAGACUUUAAUUUAAAUUUUCUUAUUACGUUUUUUAAGACUUGAGGAACUAUUUGAGAUUGCAAAACUUGAGGUUUCAUUGCCAAAAAAAGAAAUAUUAUAUGUAAUAGUUUAGUACUUCAAUUCUUAUCAAUAUUUUUUCAAACACAAGAAAUACUCGAGAGUGACGAAGAAAAUUUUUCGAAAUUAUUCCCAAAAGAUUGUUAUUAAGUUUCUCAAAACUUUCCUUAGUAUAAAGAAACUGUAAUUUCUUAAAAAAAGAUCUUUUAGAUUUAAGUAGAGAUAUAAGUCAUCG